CUGCCGGUGUGAGGCGAAGCGCGGGAGCUGCCGCCAUGACCUCUGCUUUGGAGAAUUACAUUAAUCGUACUGUUGCAGUAAUUACUUCUGAUGGAAGAAUGAUUGUGGGAACCCUCAAAGGUUUUGAUCAGACCAUUAACUUGAUUUUGGAUGAAAGCCAUGAACGGGUAUUCAGUUCUUCACAAGGAGUUGAGCAAGUAGUGCUGGGAUUAUACAUUGUAAGAGGUGAUAACGUUGCUGUCAUUGGUGAAAUCGAUGAAGAGACAGAUUCAGCUCUUGACUUGGGGAAUAUUCGAGCAGAACCUUUAAACUCAGUUGUGCAUUGAAAAUAUGAAAAUGUACAGGGACUUUGUAAAUCUUUGGUUGUACAGACCUAUUUAACAACGUGGAUGAUUUUUACAAAUUGUUUAAUUUGUUUAGUCACCAGUUUUUUAUUAUGAAUAUGUUGUAGUUUUGCAUGUAAAUUAAAGUUUCUACGUUUUACUAAA